AUGAUGCUGCGGAGGCCGUGGCCGCCCCUCUACACGGCAGCGUACCCCCCCGAGUGCUUCUACCCGCCGCCCCCCGCAGUCAAGCCGCCCCCGCGGGAAUACUACCUCCUCGCCCCGUACUACCGCGACGUGCUCCCGCCCCCGCGCUGCCCCUGCUCCUGCUUCAGGAGGCACCGCUCCCUCGACACCGUAGCCUCGGAGGAGGAUGCGCAGCACUACCACCGCCCCCGGCGGUCCAUGGAGGACCUCCUCGUCGUCGACAGGAACAAGCCGGGUCGCAAGAUGAGGGUAUGUACCGUACACACUAGUUUGUGCCUUUGCACCUUCCUCCAAUAA